ACAACUGGUUGAUAGGGAGAGAGAUAAUGUUUUGAAUUUGAACUGAACUGGUUUCCAUCAGACAUUAAAUCUGUUUAACGCCAAGAAGGUAUUCAGUGGAUAUUGUGUUGUGAAAAUCUGUUGUCGACCUUUUAGAUAGUUAGUUGAUUACUCAUGUUACUUUUCCUUCAUGGCUAAUGCCUUAAACGGAUCGGAUAGGAACAUACUUGAUUCGACGAAUUGUGUUAAACUCUCCUCCAUUUUGGAAUCAUUUAAUGCUCCAAUUAAUGAAGAACAGUGUUGGGCCUUGUGUCAUCAAACCAUUAAAACCAUCUCAACUUUAAUCGAUAAACGUCCUCUCUAUCUACUCAAUGGACCAUCCAAUCUAUACAUCAACAAAGAUGGUUUUGUUCAUCAAAAAUCUUUCCUUGAAUCUGUUGAUCAUAAACGCCUCACACCAUCUCUCAAUAAAUUGAUUGCUUCCAUUGGAGCUACCCUGUUUCUAGCUUUGGAUUAUGGCCUGGAAUCGCAAGAAGAACGUUCCUUGGAUCCAAAUCUGGAAUUAUUAAUUGACCGAUUAACCUGUUCAACGGACGACAAAGAAGAUGAAAAUGAAGACAAGGAGUCAAAUGAUGAAGGAAUUGAAAGAGAUUCGCCUGAAUAUGAGUUUGGACCACUUCUCAUUGAUGGAUCUAACCUGGUUGAGCAGGUAUUCAGUGUGUGUAAUGGUCGCCUCGGGGGUGCUGAGGAAGCAGAAAUUCAUUACAGAGCAGUAUGCCGAGCAUUGGUUGCUGAAGCAAUGGAGUUAUCUUCUUUUCUACAUAAAAUUACCUCUGUGACUGAAGAACUAAAAAAUGGUGCCAUUUCCAUGUCUAAUUCUGGAGGACAUCAUCAUCAUUCCAGGAAUAGGAGUGACUGUGCGGAUUCUAGUGGUGCUUUGAUCUCUCUUGAGGGUCUGAGAUUAGCAGAUUGGGCUCGUCUCUGGAUGCAAGUUAUACAAGAGUUGCGGCAAGGAGUUAAGUUGAAAAAAGUGAGCUUAACAGAAAAACCGUCUUUUGAAUUUGAGCUAACGCCGUACGAGAUGCUUCUUGAUGAUAUAAGAUCUCGAAGGUACAAAUUGAAUAAGGUUAAAGUCAAUGGAAGCUCACCUUCUAGAGUAACUAAAGAUGCUCAUGAUCUUAUACUCGACUUCAUUCGAUCUCGCCCGCCUCUAGUCCCUGCUUCUAAUCGUAAAUUACCUCCUCCACCGGUCCGGGAGCCUAGUUUAUUUGAAAAGCUGCUUGAUUCAAUAAGGCAACAGCCAAAGCUUAAAGUGAUUCCUGCAGAAUCCAUUAACCAACGGUCUUCACCGAUUAGGUUAGGCCGAGUGCGGGAGGAUAAUUGUGAUUCAACGUGUAACAAAAAUAAUAAUUAUGAGUAUAAUAAUAAUAAUAAUGUUAAUAACAAUAAUAUUAUCAUCAACAACAAUAAUAAUAACAAUAAUCACUGCAACAAAAUAUCAUCCUCAUCCUCAUCAUCCAUUUCAUUGUCCAUUUCUUGCUCAUCAACCUUUACAAAAACAACAAGCACCACAGUAAAAACAGCAUCGACAAAAUCAUCAACUUCAUCAUCAUCGUCAUCUGCUCCGAUAACAGCAACAACCGGAUUACCAUCAAAAUUAAGUCAACAACAACAAGCAAGAAGUAGCAAACAGCCAAAAUACAUUUUACAAGAAGAUCCGGAAAGCCUUCAAGGUCCAAAAAAGAAGUUAGUUAAAUCCAAUUUAACCCUUAAAAUACUACUUAGUAUUGAUGAUGACGAUGAUGACAUCAUCCAGAUUCAGUACAAGUGAAUAGGAAAAUAAUUGUACCAAAAAAAAGAUCAGACCCUUUCUUAAAUGCCUUUCAAACUGCCCAUCCAUCUGUCAUCUUCAUCGUGCAACUCAUCAUACAACUGCUGUAAAAAAGGAUGGACACACAACCUCUAUGUUCAACCAAUGAGAAAAACUAAACAAAUAAAUAUAUACGAGGCUUGAGUCUCAGGGUGUAACUACUCAAAUUUCCGUUCACGUCAGAUAACAAUGGUUCUCCCAAUCCUUUCCGCUUGAUAGAGACAAUAAUAUCUCAAAUGACAUUAGCACGCAAACAAAAACUUGUAUUCAAAUUUUUUUAUCAAUUGUAACUGAAUUAUGAUUUCUUUUUUCUCUACAAUCUGAUGAUUGUUGUGUAAAACUACAUCCUAAUUAUUAAUGAUUAUGUCUUUUCAAUCUUCUAAUGAACGCCUUAGCUUUACCCUUGGCCUACUUACCUUUACCUGAUUAUAUUUAAAUCUCGUCAUCGGAUCAUUUACAAAUCUCAAUCAUGUCUAUCUUUCUCAUUAGUGUUUUCCUCAUCAUUGAAAGAUUUUUGUCAAUAUAAUAUUUAAUUGUGUUUUUUUUCUCUCUUCUCUUCUUCUCAUUCCAUCAUUCCUUAAAUGUGAUCAUUCAAAUUUCCUGAGGUCAAAGUGUUAAAAGACAAACAAAAAUUGUAUAAAAGAACGUGAAACAAAGAAAAGUAAAAAAAAAUGAAAGUUUCAUUAAACACUCCAAUCAAAAAAGCUCACAACUCAUUGUAAACAUUGCAAAUCACAAAACAGAACCAAUCAUUAAACUUUUUGCGAUUAUAAUGAAAAA